UUUAUUCAAAGCAAGGUCAGGCGUUCAAAUCAGACACUGUGAGAGGGUAGAGAAGUUACUUGAAGGCAGCCAAGCUCAGCUGAUCAGUUCUAUAUAAUAUAUAUAUACACACACACACACACACAUUUUUUAAAAGAGACCAGCAAUUUCUUUAUUGUUUGUACAGACAUUCACUAUUCUCAGUCUCACACACACACUGCUAUUGCGAUGGCUGAGGUAGGGGGCUUUCUUGGAUCUCUGGAUUUGGAUUUGCAUGGAUUUUCCUCCUCUCUUGGGAAUGUUGCUUUAGCUGAUUCUCCUGGUUUUUUGAAUGAGAGAUUGGGCCAGAUUGAAGGAAGGCUCCAGAGGGGAUCUCCCACUGACUUUGCCCACCUUAAAGGUAUCCUCAGGCGGAGGCAGCUCUACUGCAGGACGGGCUUCCAUCUGGAAAUCUUCCCUAAUGGCACGGUGCAUGGCACCAGGCAGGAUCACAGCAGAUUCGGGAUUUUGGAGUUCAUUAGCCUGGCGGUGGGGCUGGUUAGUAUCCGUGGGGUGGAUUCAGGACUCUACCUCGGAAUGAAUGAGAGAGGCGAGCUGUAUGGGUCGAAGAAACUUACGAGGGAGUGCGUUUUCCGAGAGCAGUUUGAAGAAAACUGGUACAACACCUAUGCCUCGACCCUCUACAAACAUUCCGACUCUGAGAGACAGUAUUAUGUGGCUUUGAACAAGGAUGGCUCACCUCGUGAAGGAUACAGGACUAAGAGACACCAGAAGUUCACUCAUUUUUUACCCAGACCUGUGGACCCUACUAAAAUACCUGCAAUGUACAGAGAUCUUUUCCACUAUAGGAAAGAAAAAGACCACAGAACUGAUAGAGAUGCUGCUGGUAAGCUUGGAAUGGUUAUGUUUUAAGAUGCCCUUCAAAUGGUACCCUGCUGAAGUGGCCCUGGAAUUUGCGACAUGGAUUAUUAUGAACUGGU